UGGUUUUGUGCGUUUUGUGUCAGAAUCAGAAACCACAUAGCGUUUGGUCAAGUAUGGCUUCUCAGAUCCUCAGACGAACACUCGGAAGCCGCUAUUUCGCAAAUCAAAGACCCUUCUCUUCCGUUUCCACUCCGAUCCGCGCCACUCUUUUCCCCGGCGAUGGCAUCGGUCCCGAGAUCGCCGAAUCUGUCAAACAGAUAUUCCAAGCUGCCGAAGCACCAAUAGAAUGGGAAGAGCAUUAUGUAGGGACGGAAGUCGACCCCAGAACACAGAGUUUUCUGACAUGGGAAAGUUUAGAAUCAGUUAGGCGGAAUAGGGUUGGCUUGAAAGGGCCAAUGGCCACCCCUAUUGGAAAAGGGCAUCGUUCACUAAACCUUACUCUAAGAAAAGAACUUAAUUUAUAUGCCAAUGUUCGACCUUGCUACAGCCUUUCUGGAUACAAAACUCGAUAUGAUAAUGUCGAUCUCAUCACAAUCCGUGAAAAUACAGAAGGAGAGUAUAGUGGACUUGAACAUCAGGUUGUGAGGGGUGUAGUAGAAAGUAUCAAAAUCAUUACACGUCAAGCAAGUAUAAGGGUGGCUGAGUAUGCUUUUCACUAUGCCAAGGCACAUGGAAGAAAGAGGGUGUCUGCUAUACACAAAGCCAACAUUAUGCAAAAGACUGAUGGUCUUUUCCUCAAGUGUUGCCGUGAGGUUGCAGAGAAAUAUCCUGAGAUAACGUAUGAGGAAGUUGUCAUUGACAAUUGCUGCAUGAUGCUUGUGAAGAAUCCUGCGCUUUUUGAUGUAUUGGUGAUGCCUAAUCUUUAUGGUGAUAUAAUCAGCGACCUCUGUGCUGGCUUGAUUGGGGGAUUGGGCUUGACACCAAGGUUUUUCUCCUUUUCUUUUGAACUUUGGGCAAAGAAGUCUAGAAGUCAGUUAUAUCAUCUGACACCAUUUUAUACACUUUGCAGCUGCAACAUUGGCGAGGGAGGUAUUGCACUUGCUGAGGCUGUACAUGGUUCAGCACCUGAUAUUGCUGGAAAGAAUUUGGCAAAUCCAACAGCUUUGCUGCUGAGUUCUGUCUCAAUGUUGCGACAUUUGGAUCUCCAUGACAAAGCGGAUCGGAUUCAAAAUGCCAUCCUCGACACAAUUGCAGAAGGGAAGUACCGAACUGCUGAUCUUGGUGGCACUUCAAAGACAACUGAAUUCACAAAAGCAAUUAUUGACCAUCUCUGAUUUUUUGCUUUGAAGUCAGCAAGAAAUUGUUAAUUAUGAUUUUGUUUCAGUCAGUUUCCUUCUAUUUCCCCAAAUUUUCUGGAAAAUUAGUAUUACCUCAGUUUAAUGGGAGCAUCUACUUAUUGCUACAAUACAAUCAAAGAUAAGCAAUAGACAAGCAUUCAAAUAUUCUUGUCCACUGCUGUCUGAUGGCAUUGGGAAGGGGCCCUUCAAAAUGCACAUUGAUUGCUAACCCUUGCUAGUCCAUUUUAGCAUUCAUUGUCAAUAAUAUACUUAAUUCCUUUGUGAUCAUUACCCUUAUUUUAUUUUGGUAUUGUUAUCACCUUAUUUAUUUGUGCAAGUUGUUUGCUUGCUCGAAUUUUGCAAAAUUCUUUUUGGUAAGAAUUGCCACUUGUUUAUUAUGUUCCUAAGGGACAAAGUUGUUAAGUGAUUCCCAUUUAAUCAUGUCA